UUGGUUAAAGUCAGACUUGCUCUCAGUUAACACCUCGCAAAUGUGUGUCAGUAAUUUUGCGAUCUUACAACAUCCUGGUGAAGCUAUAUUGCCACCUAACGCUGGGUAGGCAAAUAAUCCAGUGCGCCUGCGCGGUUUACCGGACAAGAUGGCGACCAGCAAUGGUUUAGGGAUGGAAGUUGAUGGGGCAGCCAGCCCCAGUGUUAUGGCCUCAGGGGUCACCGGGAGCGUCUCAGUGGCCUUACACCCACUGGUUAUCCUCAACAUAUCCGACCACUGGAUACGCAUCCGCUCACAAGAGGGGCGACCAAUGCAGGUGAUUGGAGCCCUGAUCGGGAAGCAGGAGGGGAGAAACAUCGAGGUGAUGAACUCCUUUGAGCUGCUGUCUCACACCAUUGAUGACCGAGUGCACAUUGACAAGGAGUAUUACUACACCAAGGAGGAACAAUUCAAGCAGGUCUUCAAAGACAUGGAGUUCUUGGGCUGGUACACCACAGGUGGCUCCCCUGACCAGUCAGAUAUCCACAUUCACAAGCAGGUGUGUGAGAUUAUUGAGAGCCCCCUCUUCCUCAAGCUCAACCCAAUGACCAAACACACCGAUCUUCCUGUUAGUGUUUAUGAAUCUGUGAUUGACAUCAUCAACGGCGAGGCUACCAUGUUGUUCGCUGAGCUGACGUACACUCUGGCCACAGAGGAAGCAGAGAGAAUCGGCGUCGACCACGUCGCCCGAAUGACGGCCACUGGCACCGGAGAAAACUCAACAGUUGCUGAACACCUUAUAGCCCAGCACAGCGCGAUUAAGAUGCUCCACAGUCGGGUGAAGAUCAUUCUAGAGUACGUCAAAGCUGUAGAAGCAGGAGAGGUGCCGUUUAACCACGAGAUCCUUCGAGAAGCGAACGCCUUGUGCCACAGACUGCCGGUUCUCAGCACCACGAAAUUCAAGACCGACUUCUACGAUCAAUGUAAUGACGUGGGCCUCAUGGCCUACUUAGGCACCAUCACCAAGACCUGCAACAGUAUGAACCAGUUCAUCAACAAGUUCAACGUCCUGUACGACAGACAGGGCAUCGGCCGGAGGAUGAGAGGACUCUUCUUUUGAGCUGGCGGGUAGCCGAAGCAGAGAGACAGUUGAGCGCCGCAGUUUCAUUUUUCUCUGCUUUUUGUUCUGUUUUUUUUUUUUUGGUUUUUGGUUUUUUUGUAUUUUGGUCAGCUAAAACAAAUUCAGUAAGAUUUUCAAACCACUUUACCGUUUUCAACCACAGGUGUGUCUAAAAGCACUUAAUAACACCAAUCAAUAAGAGAUAUAUACAAAAACGGCUCCGCUCUCGUAUGCACACAAGUGAAUCCACUGUACAUGAACGUUAUAUUAUUUUACCCCAUUUGUUUUAUUGUGUCAUGUUUCUGUAUGUAAUAAAUGAUCAGAUUUUUUUCAUGUUA